CGGGUGCUAUAUCGGCUCCUCCAGGCCAGGGCCCCCGGCGCUGGCCGGGUCCGAGAGGAGGCUCCCCAGACCUCGUGUUCCCCGCACUGAGCGAUCGAGCCCAGUGUCCUGCAGAGGACGCUCGUCAGCGCGUCCUCACCACUGUCAUCUUGUCACCCCUUUGCCUAGCUCCACCCUCCGGGCUGGGAGACUCGGCCGCUGACGGUCCGCGGUCCGCCGCCCAGACCUUAGGCUGCCCGGGGUUGUCUCCCUGUCCACACGCCCAGAGCCUGGAAUGCAGCUCUCCAACAGGGCGGCAGCCAGGGAGGCGGCGAGCCGCGACGUGCUGGCCGCGGACCUCCGCUGCAGCCUCUUCGUCUCGGCGCUGCAGAGCUACAAGCGAGACUCGGUGCUGCGGCCCUUCCCCGCCUCCUACGCCCGCCACGACAGUAAGGACUUCGAGGCCCUGCUUGCUGAUGCUGGCCAAUUACCCAACAUGAAGGAACUUCUCCAGUCCUCCAUAGACACAGACAAACAGGCCUGGGACCUGGUGAGCUGGAUUUUAUCCUCCAAGAUCCUGACAAUCCACAGUGCAGAGAAGGCAGAGUUCGAAAAGAUCCAGCAACUGACGGGUGCCUCUCACACGCCCGUUCCCACUCCGGACUUCCUAUUUGAAGUUGAGUACUUUGACCCGGCCAACGCCAGAUUUUAUGAGACCAAAGGAGAACGAGACCUCAUCUAUGCCUUCCAUGGCAGCCGCCUAGAGAACUUCCACUCCAUCAUCCACAACGGUCUGCACUGCCACCUGAACAAGACAUCUUUGUUUGGAGAAGGGACCUACCUCACAAGUGACUUGAGCCUGGCCCUCAUUUACAGUCCACACGGCCAUGGGUGGCAGCAGAGCCUCCUUGGCCCAAUCCUUAGUUGUGUAGCUGUGUGUGAGGUCAUCGAUCAUCCAGAUGUCAAGUGCCAAACCAAGAAGAAGGAUUCCAAGGAUAUUGACCGCAAUAGAGCAAGAAUCAAGCACAGCGAAGGGGGAGAUGUCCCUCCUAAGUACUUUGUGGUUACCAAUAACCAGCUUCUGCGGGUGAAGUACCUACUAGUGUAUUCCCAGAAGCAGCCCAAGAGGGCCUCCAGCCAGCUCUCCUGGUUGUCCAGCCAUUGGUUCAUGGUCAUGAUGUCCCUGUAUCUGCUGCUGCUGCUCAUUGUGAGUGUCACCAACUCCUCUGCUUUCCAACACUUCUGGAACCGAGUGAAGAGAUGAUCACAGGCACGUGGAGUGGGGGCCACUCACCGUGUGCCUUACGGAAGCUUGUCCUCUACCUCCUGUAUCUCAUAUCCAUCCAGCCAGGUCAAGUUUGAGGACCGGUUGCAAGGGGGGUUCACAGGACAGUUUUCACAUGCCAUAAAUGUUCUGAUUGCCUUUGAUGAUGUGCCCAGCCACACAGUUCAGUCACACACCCUCACUUGUCAGUUUCAGGGUGCCCUCCCAUCUGCUUCUUCCUGAAUAGUCUAGGGAGGCAGCUCUUCCACCAAGGCCAAAGGGAAAAGUAACUCCUGUUGCAUUUAAAAGCAAAGUGUCCAAGCUGUCGGUGGUGUGUUUACAAUCAUUCAGAUGGAGGCUGGCCCUUUCUCUAAUGCCUUUUGGAAGACAGAAUGUGUGCAAUAGGGGUGAUAAAUCAUUAGGCGGUUGCCUUGUUUUGACUCAAGACACCCGAGAGGGACAGUUGUGUUUCUCAUAAAAGUCAGUGGGAUCGUUUGGGGAUUCCAUCAGCAUUAGUCUGCGGGUGUAAAACAUUUGAACGGUUUUCUCAGAUCAACAAACGGUUUCUGCUACAGCUGUACCUCCCUCCCUUCUCACCACACAAGAGAAGGAGCCACAGUGGGAUAACAAAAUGCAGACUUAACUAGCAACUCCACCGUUUCCUAAAAAUGGCCAGCUGCUGAUUACAGCUGAAAUGGAACCAAAUGUUUGUUUUCUGUUUUUGUUGUUUGUUUUUAAGUAACUGACAAAUUAGCCUCUGUGAGCCGAAUAAAAGGCAGGGGAUGUCUAAACUGAGAGCACCAAGUGGCCUGGGCUAUGUUAUAGAGAGACGGAUCCAAGCCAUAGGCUCACUAGGGUCAUCAUCCCCACAAAGCUGCCUUGAUAUACAACACUCUAGGCCUUCAGGGGCCUCCAAGACCGAGGCCUGCCUCAGUUGGCCACAUACCCUCACGGGCUGGGUCUCCCUCAGAGGAGCCCUCAUCUUUGGGAUGAGCCUGAGCUUCAGUGUGUGAGCAGAGAGCCCAGCUGUGUGUGCUGGGUUAUUUUGUUCCUCUUUCCCGCCAGGCUUCAACCAGGAAAGAACCCUGUUGAAUGAGAAUGAGGUUUCCAUAGAGAAGGAGAAAAGAAUUUUCUACAAUUUGUAAAGUUUGUGUAAAAGCCACUAUUUAUGAUUUUUAAAUCAAAUAGUGGGACAUUUAAAAAACAAUAAAGAUAUUUUCCUAAAUA